GUCUAGUGUUUGUUAAAUUCCCCAAAGACGAACUUUGUCGUGAGCUUCCUCUGAAACUAGGACCUAUAGGGAUGCGAUUCGUCAAAUUUCAGACACAAUAGAAUUCUAGCUUGCCAACGCUCAUUCAUGCGACAACAUUCUAUCAAUCCAUUUGUUAAUACCCAAUAUCUCCACCCUGCGGUCGGCCCUUGCGCAACAACCUAGUUGCCGCAACUCAAUAUGUCAUUUCGAGACAACGACCAGCGCCGGUAUGGCCAUAUCCCUCCGGUACAGUACCCCGUCGCAAAUCAGUCUUCGCAAGACCCGUUAAACUAUCCGAACCGACGGUCAAGCUUCAACAGCGGCGACGAUUCUGGCGGGUUUACUUCUCCUGUAUCUCGUCCAAGCUAUCAGCCAACCUUGAAUACGAAUGUCGCAGGGCUCGCAGGCCGCGAUGAGCUGUUCCUAGCUAGCCCAUCCGAUCCCAGCAGGCCCAACUAUGGCAAUUCAAAUGUCGCCAUGGCAGGAUACCAGCAUCAGUACCAGCCUCAAUCACCGCCUACACCAUCGACGUACAACCCGCAAGCCUUCGCUCGAUCUCAUUCUACCUCGCUACCGUACCUACCGCACCCCUCACACAGGUGGGCUCCACCAAAUGCGACGCCCGCUCCAUAUAGUCCUACAAACGCGACGCCUAAUAACUUCACACCUGCUCCGUAUAAUCCCGCCGCAUAUUCUGGAGCGCCAGUACCUCAGCGACAAGCGACUCAUGCUGGAUAUGCUACUAAUAAUAAUAGCAACAAUGGUCAAUCUUAUGGCUCGCCGCCGUUAAAUCAGUCGCCCUACUUCCAAUCCCAACCUCUAUAUGCUGCUCCCACCCACUCAAGACACACCUCCACUCCACCGACCACUUACACUGCAAGCUACGGUCGAGCACCUUAUAACUCGGCAUACCCGCCUACUACCAACAUAAUAGCUUCGACUCUCACGACUAGUUACGAUUCUUCGCAAGGGCGUUACACUACGAGCUACCCAAACGAUGGUGCAAGCCCACAAGCUACGUUUUACUCGUCCGACUCGUCCACGUCUUCCCAGGCGCCGUACCCGACUCAUUCAGAGAUACCUGUGGGGCCAAACUAUUCCGCUAACGAUCCACAUUCGUUUUUGAAUCGUACAUCCAGGUCGAAUUCAGCAGCAUCGCCACUACCUUCGCCCCCUGUCCACUCACAAUUAUUAACUGGCUUGGCGCGCCAUCCGACUAACGCGCCAUUGCCUAGCCGGCCAGUCGACGAUGUCGCCGAAGAGCAGUAUCCAUCUAAUGGCGCCCAUGCUCCUGAUAUAGCACAGGAAUACGUCACACAAAAUAGCAUUAUGCAGGAUAUCGAAGCUGAGCUCGGGAGGAGAAAUGGUUCAAUCCAUGGUCGUCCCACGGCUUUUGAUCAGCGUAACGGCGCCUUGGCCGAUGGCGAUCUACAGAAUCUCCGUCGGUUAACGUCCAACGCGAGCUAUCAUUCAACUGCUACCACGAUAACGAGCCAAGAAGAACCGUCUGGGGUAAACCGAUACUCCUCCAAUGCGUCGACGUUGAAUAGGAAUCACUCAACCAACCCAUAUUCCUACGAAGAUUAUGAUGGAGAUGAAAGCGAUCCCGAGGGCGCGGCCGGGGCUUGGGCAUUGCAACAGGCGGAAGAGGAUGAUCGUCGGUUUAGUUCGGUAGGCGGGACGUUAUCCUAUUUCAAUCCGCCGGAAACAGCCACGCAACCUACUCUCCCCACCCAUAAGGAAGAGCCAAGCAGCGAUAGUGACUAUGCUGGAAUGGAUUUGGGGCUCAUGGGUGGAGGUUACGCAGGAAACCUAACGUAUGACAACAAUCUCGGAUCGCCGCCCGCUUCCGAAACGACACCGGGAGAUUUGCAGGCUUUGCCGACCCCCCGCAGUAACCAUACAUCCCAAAGGAGCCAUGGGAGUAAUAAGUAUCCAGCUUUUGAGCAGGCUGAGGUGGACUAUGAGGGUACUGGUGGGUUACAGAAACCCGCUGCUCAUCGUUUGAGCUUCGAUGAGGGAGAAGAGCGCGUUUCCCUCCAUUCAAGACAAAGCGGUAGUGAGUCUCCUAUAAAAGAAGACUAUCCGGACAUGUUUUACCAUCCUGGUCUAUCGAAUCGUCCUCUCCCGGCUAUACCUGCCAGCUCGGACAGCAGUUCAAUGUUAUCUAUUCAGUCGCCUACUAAAGCUGGAUAUCAACACGGAUACUCCCUCAGUGUAGACUCGCCUCCAUAUUCUGGACCGGAUGCUCUAUAUGGACAAAAUGCGCAGCAACUUCAAGUCGAGAGGUCUAUCUCGUUAUCUAGCCAUAGUACCUCGCCUCACGUCCAGCCACCGGGUCGGUCGAAGACUGAUGCCACCGAGGAGCGUAACGCACGGUUGAGGCACGUGAGACAGCAACAGCAAUUGGCGGCUCAACAAGGUUUGCCGUAUGAGGGUUAUGAAACAGGGACAGCUUCAUCGAUAAAUUACGACGUAAUUACUCUACCUAGCGGUCGGCGUCGAAAUUUCCAACCAGAAAAAUUCACAAUUGUUGACGUCCGUUCUUGCACGGAGCCAUGGGCUUUGAGUGGCAUCGCCAAAUGGGUUCGUGAGAUGGCUGAGGGCGAACCCGACCUAAAAAGGAAGACUCUUGAAGACGGUCUUGUUAGACUAUUUUGCCUGAAGGUCCCGACGAUGAACGUCGCAGACGCCGAGACUCUGAGCACCCAAGUUACGGACUCGAUGUUGGACGCUGGUAUCCUUGUCCCGGAAGAAGAAUGGCUCAAGUUCGGACCUGGUUCUAUAUCCGGUGUGUUAUGGCAGUUGACCGGUUCAGGUUGUUACGCACCAAAACUUCACGAAUAUGAUGAUGAUGUAACAGGGCAUGAAGUACCACCACGGUGCUACUCAUAUCAUUGUACCAGGACGCUUAAGAAAGCCAACCUAGAUGAUCUUAUGUCAAAUGGCGUUAAGACAGUUGAUUGGGUGACAUUUUAUAACAUGACGAAGGAGGGCACAGAAAACAGGUCGAAGAAGGAGAUCUCACGACAAAAUGUUCUCCACGAAAUCGUUACUUCAGAGGAAGUAUACAUGGACCGCCUUGAUGUUCUCCGUGUUCUAUACCGAGACCGGCUCCUCCAAUUUCAGCCCAGGAUUAUUGCUGAAAGUAAGAUCGAGAAAUUCGUCAGCGACGUUUUUGGCAAGGCCGAUGCGGUCCAGCAGGUCAAUAUGGAUCAUCUAUUAGCACAAUUGAAGUACCGACAAAAAGAGCAAGGUCCUUGGAUUGUAGGCUUUAGCGACAUCUUCAGAGAAUGGGUUCGAAAAGCCAGAACUGCGUAUGUUGAUUACGCCUCCGCCUUUCCUUAUGCACGGUAUCGAGUGAAGAAAGAGGCGGAGAAAAACUUCCUAUUCAAGCAAUUUCUCGAAGAAAACCGGGCGCACCCUCGGUCACAGCGUCUUGAUUGGACCAGCUACUUAAAAGAUCCUAUUACACGUCUGCAAAGAUACUCCCUCCUCCUAGAGACGGUAUUAAAGUAUAUGGUACAAGAGAGCGAGGAAAAGUCGAAUCUUAAGAGGGCUAUUGAGGAAGUCAAGUCUAUGACCCUUGAAUGCGACGCGAAAGUAGAUGAGAUGCAGAAGAAGGUGACGAUGAUCGAGUUAGACCAGAUGCUGGUUCUUCGACCGGGUUUCCACGCCGACCUCCAUUUAGAUCAUCUGGAACUUAUCCUUCAGGGCGAUCUUCAGAGGAUGGGUUCGAAGGGUAUGCGAUGGGUCGACACGCAUGCUUUACUGUUCGAUCAUUACUUGAUCCUCGCCAAAUUAGUCAUAUCAAAAGACGGUAGGCAAGACAGGAAAUACGAUGUGUCGAAAGAACCCAUCCCUAUGCCUUUAUUAUUUCUCGAAAGCAGCCAAGAUGACCCGGUCUCUAAGCAAAAAGGAAUCACUGCUCCGUUAACCCGAGCAGCAAAUUCAGCCUCUGAUACCAAGCUUAAUAAAGUAGCGUCAAACGGCACCGAGCGGCCCGGCCUGGACCAUAUAGUCACGACUUCGUCCAUCGGCACCGGAACCGUUACCAGGCUAGCGCCCGGUGGCUCAGGGGACACUGAAGGAAAGAUACUUUAUCCUUUCCGUGUUAAACAUCUAGGGCACGAGGUAUAUACUCUAUUCGCGCAGUCGGCUCAGACGCGGCAGGAUUGGUGUGACAGGAUUAUUGAGGCCAAGACUCGCCAUGCUAAGGCACUACAUGCUCAAAAUGCCGAGCCAUUCAGGUUACGCGUAAUGGCCGAUAGUGCUUUUGCCUACGAUCCAAUCGCAGCCAUCGGCAAGUAUGUUGGUGGUGUGCAUAUACGUGGAACUCCCCUUGAUAGAGCCAUUCGGGAGGUUGAAAAGACGUACGGAUCCGGUCGCGGCCCUCCUCCGAUCUCUCGAGCAGGAGUUAAUUGUGCGACUGGUUUCUCUGCCUUCGGUAAGAAUAUGGUUGCGGUUGGCACAGACGCGGGCGUGUGUGUGUCGGAAGCUAGUGAUCAACGGCAUUGGAAUAAGACGGUUACAGCCAACCGAGUUACACAAAUCGCUGUCCUUGAAGAGUUUUCCGUUGUUCUCGUGUUGUCCGACAGGAAUCUUAUUUCUUAUCCUCUCGACGUGAUAUCACCUCCAUCCAAUUUUCCCGUUCCAGCGAAUGAUAGCCACCGUCGGUCCCCCCAAAGGCUUGCCAAAGAUGUAUCGUUCUUUGCUACGGCCCGCAUGAAAGACCGGAUGCUGGUGUUCUACAAGAAGAAGGAAAGUCUACAUACCACCUUCAAGGUGCUCGAGCCGGUGUUCCAAAAGGCGACGGAAAAGAAAACGCGUUUCUUCGGUGGAAGCCGAAAAGCUGGUGUGGGCGUGACGGAGAGUUUCCGAGAUUAUGACGAGUUCUUUUUCCCUACGGAAUGCUACUCGCUCAACAUUUUCCACACGUACAUUGCCGUCUCAACCGCUAGGGGUUUCGAGCUUUUAACCCUUGAUAAGAAGAUACCUACGUCGAUUCCUGACGUCAAGCAACCCGCUAUUGCCGACAUUGCUUAUCGUAUUAAGGAUCAACGACCUCUGGGCAUGUUCCGCCUGAACGACCAGGAAUUUCUCCUGGCAUACGAGGACUGCGCUGUAUACGUAGACAAGUACGGCGAUGUCAGCCGUAGCGUCAUCAUGGAAUAUUCAGGAAAGCAAAAGAAAGCAAGGGGUGCCACAAUGUAUGGGCAGUACUUGUUACUAUUUAAUGAGGAUUAUGUCGAGGUGCGCAAUGCCGAGAAUGGUCGGCUGCGCCAGAUCAUUGCCGGAAGGGACGUGAGGGUUCUAGACUAUGGCGUUCGGGGUCCAACGGGGGGCUCGUCUAGUGCAAAUGGGUCAGGCCCAUUUCCUAGCGACGAUAACGUGCCCGAAUCAAACGGGACGGUCAAAAUCUGCAUGGCGCAUCCAGAGGUUUCGGGUCAGCAGAUCGUUCUAGAGAUGUUACUCAACAGCGGGCAUUGAGAGAUGACACGAUUCGCACGCUUUAGUUAUGGCCAACACCGCAUGGACAAACAGUUCAAGGCUCGGCUGGUAUAGGGGGUUGCAUAUUUGUUUCUAUGGCACGGCUACCCGCAUGCGAAUGGUUUUUUCCCUUUUUUUCAA